UCCCAACCAACCCGUUGCAUUUUUUCCAACUCCAAGACUUUUCCAAACCAGAGCACCGCCGCCUGCGCUUUCUUCCGGGGAAAUCAUGGCCUCCGCCGCUGCCGGCGCCGCCGGAAAGGAUACAAAAGUAUUCGGUCUGUUUAAGCUCCCGUUCCGGAAGCCUUCUCCCGCUUCUACUUCUGGUUCACCGAUAAACCACGCUCAGUCUCACAGUCAGCAGCAAAGUCAAGGUCAAAAUCCGCCGGGACCUCGCAAAGUCUCCACCGUAGUGCGCUCUUUUCUCCCCACGCCGCGCCGUUUGAAGCUCGAUCCGGCCAAAAGGCUGUAUUUUCCAUAUGAACCUGGUAAACAAGUUCGAAGUGCUAUUAAGAUUAAGAAUACUAGCAAGUCCCUUGUAGCUUUCAAGUUCCAAACAACUUCACCAAAAAGCUGUUUCAUGCGUCCUCCCGGGGCUGUUCUUGCUCCUGGCAAGAGUAUCAUAGCAACUGUGUUCAAGUUUGUAGAGCCUCCAGAGAACAACGAAAAACCUAAUCAGAGGCUUCAGAGCAGCAAGGUGAAAUUCAAAAUCAUGAGCCUCAAGGUUAAAGGAGACAUGGAGUAUAAACCCGAGUUGUUUGAAGAGCAAAGCGAUCAAAUAGCUAAGGAACAGAUACUACAGGUUGUUUUUCUUGAUGCGGGACGUCCUACUGCUGCUUUAGAGAAACUCAAGCGCCAGCUGGCUGAGGCCGACGCUGCUGCUGAGGCCUCCAAGAAGCCAGCAAAAGAUGCAGACCCACAGUUUAUCGGUGAAGGACUUGUGGUUGAUGAAUGGAAAGAACGAAGAGAACGAUACCUAGCUCAACAGAAUGCUGGAUCUGUAGAGUCGAUAUAGAUAGCUGCUGGGGCGCCUUUCAGACUCUUGCACUCCAACUGGAAACUUCUGCAGAGUAUAAUUCAAACUUGCUAUGAAUUAAAUGUAUAGAAUGUAGAAAGUAUGGAGGCACAGUUUCCCUUCUGUGAUAUAAUUUUGGUGUGAAAAUCUUCGUCUCUAGUUAAUGGUGCCAGAAAAUAAAAUGGCUAUAGUUCUAGUGCAUCUGUUAUUUGGACAUGUUUUGUUGUCAAAGGCAAGCAAUGUAUGUACACAUAUACAGACUUUACUGUUUUGUUGUCUAAAUUAAAGGAAAAGGUGUUUGUCUCAUUGUCAUAA